GGCACCUUCGUGCGCCCCCGGGCAGCUGUGGCGGCGGCCCCGGCCCGCUCCCAGGCGCUGGUCUAUGCGCAGCACGGGGAGCCGGCUCGGGUCCUACAACUAAAGGAUCUAGAGCGAGCUGAGCUAGGCCAUUCUGGGGUUCACGUGAAGAUGCUGGCAGCCCCUAUCAAUCCAGCAGACAUCAACAUGAUCCAAGGAACUUAUGCCCUCCUCCCUGACUUGCCUGCAGUAGGAGGGAAUGAAGGCGUUGGACAAGUGGUGGAAGUUGGCAGUCAUGUGACUUCUCUGAAGCCUGGGGAUUGGGUUGUCCCAGCAGAUGCGGAACUUGGAACGUGGCGAACAGAUGCAGUGUUCAGCGAGGAAACCCUGGUGAAACUCCCACGUGACAUCCCUUUGCUGUGUGCUGCCACCUUAAGCGUCAACCCUUGCACAGCCUAUCGGAUGCUGACUGAUUUUGAGACCUUGGGGCCAGGUGAUUCCAUCAUCCAGAAUGCAGCCAACAGUGGCGUGGGACAGGCGGUUAUUCAGAUUGCAGCAGCUUUAGGCAUCAAAACAAUCAAUGUGAUCCGAGAUAGACCCAAUCUCCAAGAGGUGGUAGACAGACUGAUGUCCCUUGGUGCAGAGCAUGUCCUCACAGAAGAGAUGCUGAGAAAGCCAGAGAUGAAAGACUUAUUUAAGAAAGUCCCUAAGCCCCGGUUAGCUCUCAAUUGCGUCGGAGGGAAAAGUGCUACUGAGAUGCUGCGCCAUAUACAACAGAAGGGGACCAUGGUUACAUAUGGUGGGAUGGCAAAACAGCCUUUGACUGUCCCUGUGAGUGCGUUCAUCUUUAAGGAUGUGAAGCUGCGUGGGUUUUGGAUGACCCAGUGGAAGAAAGACCAAGCCCAGAACAAAGACAGAUUGACUGGGAUGAUUCGGACCCUGUGUGAUCUUGUUCAUAAGGGGCAGCUCACUGCUCCAGCCUGCACACAGGUCCCACUGAAGGACUACCGAAUUGCCCUGGAGGCCUCCAUGAAGCCAUUCGUCUCAUCUAAACAGGUACUCACCAUGUGAUUCUGCUCCUAUGGACAAUCAUAUGCCCUUUGUUUCCAGAGGAUUUUUAAGAGGGAGCUGAAUCCCAGCCAGUUCUGGCGCCAUUGGAGACAAUACAACUGGUUUCAUGCAUGUUUGCUUCAAUGUAUCCUGUCUUCAGGAGAGAGCUGUUGAAGAGGAAGAAUCUCUAAAAUAUUGUUUCAAGUGGGCAAAGUUGACAUAACAAUCACAUCUGAGGCUAAUACGUGACUCAGAAGCAUACAGUAGAUCUCUGCUUUUGGAGAUGGAUCCUAUUUUCACAUUGGCUAAAAUUAAUUGCUUUGCAAUAGAAAGUUAAGGGUGGCUAAGGUGCAGUUCCUGGAAUCCUAAAAAUUAGGGUAGGAGCAAAGCUGAUCAACUUCCAGCUGGUUGCUGGUGAAAUCAGUCAGUCAAGGAGGACACAAAUAGAAGUACUCUGCUCUGGCUGUGUGUAGCCACCCAAAUCGGAAGGCACUGGGACUCCCAACAAAUCACUAAUGCAACCCUUACUGUAAAUUUUGCCUGCCCCAGCGUGAGCUUUAAGUGAGGAAGCCUCUAUUUUUCUGUUUCUGGGGCUCCUUCCCAUGACGGACUCCUCUAGAUGUUGAAUAUUGUCCUAGAUUGUGUCCUAACACCAAUAUUGUCAUGUACAAUCCUUAGGGAAACUUACAUCUGUAGUUUGAUAUUGAGGCAGUUGCGGCUGAAAUAAAGGCACUUCACAUUGUGUUGCAAACCUGUCGUCCAAGAGCAAGAAUUGUGAAAUGGGCCACUGAAAUGUCAAUGAUUGUUCAGAAUAAAUGCUAGAAUUUUGAGAGACUGUGUUCUUCCUGGGGUAUUUCUCCAUCAGCUGGGUUUGUGCUGUGUAAUAAGAUCUAGUUCCUCUGCAGCGCUUCAGACAGAAAUACAAACUGUCACAAGUAUUUUACUUUGUACUGCUUCAAAAUGUCAUGCUGUUGUCUCCAAAUGUUAGUAUUCCAACUCUUUUGUGAGGUUGCAUUACAGCUUGUUCACACAGGCCACAACAAAAGUCCAGGAGGUAUGAUCAACAGACAGGCAUUGAUAGCCACUGCCUUUGGUUACCUCCAGGCUAACGUGUGCAAAGCUCGCUUUAAAAAUAUGACACAGGGUUCUGCCUUCCCACAAGUGAACUUUAUUUUUUCUUCCCCUCAGUGAGAUCUCAGAUAAUGAACUGUAAGGCCAGGGACAAAUGGUAAACCUUCUAUCACAUUGUUACAUGCUCCCCUCUUCUGUGCCUAGUGUGUCUCAUUAGGCAAGCUGGUUCCUGACAAGCUGUAGCAGGGAGAAGGAGAUGCCAGUUUCAGUAGUCCAGUAAUUCCCAUCUGUGUGCUGCUAUCCUGGCAAGCUGCAGAAUGGAAGUUCUCAUUGCUCAGGAUCUGAUACUUUGACACUAUGUCAUCCACUGCUGGGAUUAUCAAAACUACCGCCUGCACUCCCCUCUCAUACCAGUCCCUCUUAGAAACUAGACUGACUAGUGUUCUGAUCCAGUAUGGCAAUUAUGUUAUGAACAUAACGUCAAGAGGGGGAUCUCAAGUAGAGAGGUUGUAUUACUUCUGUAUUUGGCACUGGUGCGAUCGCUGCUGGAAUCCUGUGUCCAGUUCUGGGGUCCGC